AUGAGUACAUACUUUUUUUACGAAAAUGGACAAGGCAAGAUCUACGAUGAACAAGGCAAUGAUGCCAUGGAAUGGUCUGAAGAAGCACAGCCAUCCGAGCAAGAGCAAAUGAGAGGCGAACUUGACGAGAAUAUGAACGAAGUAUAUUUAAGGGUGAAUGAAGAAGAUAAUAACGUAACGAAGAAAAGUUAUAAAGUAUAUUCUCCUGUCCAGAAGGUGCUUUUUCUGUACUAUUUACAAGUGAAGUUGUUUAAAGCUGCGAAAGCUGCCAGAUUUUCUGGUGUAUCCGAACGUACUGGUCAACAGUGGGCUAAAAGAAUAAGAGAUGAACCUGAAUGGAAUAUAUUUGAAAAGCAAACAAAUAAGGAUAAGCGAAAGACAGGACAGCUGCAAGAAGAGCAUAAGGAGUUUAUUAUCGAUCUAUUCGAUAAAAACCCUCAAACACGUGUGAAGGAUGUUGUUGUGAGUCUGGAGCGUUCGUUUGCGAAUUUCAGCUUGAAAGAAACUAGUGUUCGUAACUUCAUGACAAAUGAAUGCAAUCUGUCAUUCAAAAGAGCAACAUUACAAACAAAAGAAAGAAACUCUGGAAAAACUCUUCAAAAACGAUUCGAGUGGCUUCGAGUAACAGAAAAGCCUAAGCAACGUAAAGUUGAUGGUGUAGGACGAAAAAGAAAGCAGACAUCAAACCAGAAAAGACGAGAGGGAACUAAAACUGAGAGUAUAUAUGAGAAAUCGGAUGAGAAGUUAAUGAUACAAGCUAUAUAUUUUCGUCAAGCUACUACUUCGAUAAUUACCGAAUAUUGUAGUACCAGCCUUUUUCAGUAA